AUGGCGCCGAAAAUGCACUGGUGGAUUUCGCUGUGGUUCGCGGUGACCGUGCCCGUCAUCUUCUGGGACGCCGGCUACUGCUUUCUCAGACCGCGCUCGAUGAAAGGCGGCGACCUGCACUGGAUCUGGAAGCCCUACGCCAUCUACCAAGACAUCGACUACAUCUACGGCCUCAAAGCGCUGCAAGAAGGUGACGGCUUUCCCAACGCCCAGUCCCUGCUCAACGUCCUCGAGACCCUCCUCAACAUCCUCUACCUCUCCCUCGCCCACCGCUCGCGCUCGCCCGCGGCGCCCCUCGUCGGCUUCGCCUCCGCCACGAUGACGCUCUCCAAGACCGCAUUGUACUGGCUGCAGGAGUACUUUUGCAGCUACUGCUCGAUCGGGCACAACAGCGCGUUCGAUCUCCUCGUGUACUGGAUCAUACCUAAUGGACUAUGGCUGCUCGUGCCGAGCUUGAUUGUAUACCAGCUGGGCAAGGACAUCUCCGACGCCCUGCACGUCGCCGCUGCAGCCGGAUCCUCGCUUGCCGGGUCUGCCAAGAAAAAACAGUGA